ACGAGGUGGUCGCUUGUUCAGAUGCGAAUCACCAUACGAGACAUGGACAUUCUUCGGAUUAGCCUGAUUGUGUUUAUUUCAACAUUGCCAACUUUUGUUUGGCUUACUGAAGUUAAACCGGAGGGACGCAUUGUGAAUGGAUCCCAGGUGGACAUAGCACGACAUCCGUAUUGUGUAUCACUGCGAUAUCGACGAAGUAACGACUCGGCUUACCUUCACGAAUGUGCUGGAAUCAUUUAUUCUGAGCGAGCCGUGGUGACAGCCGCACAAUGUUUGGCUGAUCUGACGGAGGACACGAAAUUAAUUGUAGUUGGUGCUGCGAAUAAGCGAAAUGGGACAGAUGGAGUAGUGUAUCCCGCCGCAAACUGGACAUACCAUCCACAGUUCAAUUAUUAUACGGCUGACUACGAUAUAGGAGUUGUCAUCUUGGAUACCCCUUUCGAUUUCUCCUAUUAUGGAAUUCGCCAGAUUGGAGUACGCGAAGAACGUCCUGCGACUGGAAGAAACGCCCUGGUGAUUGGUUGGGGCUAUCGAGAGGAAUGGGGUCCUUCUAGCCCCCAUCUGGAACAAACAAGUGUACCCAUCGUUGGCUCUGAUGAAUGUAAUAGCAUCUAUGGAGCGGGUGAGGUGACCGAACGCAUGAUUUGCGCCGGAAAUGUUGCACAAGGUGGAAAUGAUGCAUGUCAAGGAGAUACUGGCGGUCCAUUGAUUAUUGACGAGGAACUUGUGGGUCUAGUUUCCUGGGGACGUGGCUGUGGUCGCCCUGGUUAUCCAACUGUUUAUACAUAUGUCGCCAGCUUCAAAUCAUGGAUCAAUGAAACUCUACAAGUCGCUGGCGCGCUAUAAAAAUGCGUUAAACUAUCCUAUAAGCGGCAACAGCUUUAUCAUCAAGUAGCUGUAUACGAUUAUUGAGCGAUAAUUAUAUGUUUUUACCGAACUUCUAACGAUUCUAUAAUAAAACCAUUAGUUUAUUGUCCGCUGUCGAA